CACCUCCUCGCUCGGCCCCGCCUCACCGCCGCGACGCUCCAGGAGCUGGGCCCGGGCCGCUUCUCCCGAUCCCCCCCCUGCGCGUUGAGCCUGCGGAAGCAUGGAGGGGGAGAGUACGUCGGCGGUGCUCUCCGGCUUUGUGCUCGGCGCGCUCGCUUUCCAGCACCUCAACACCGACUCGGACACGGAAGGUUUUCUUCUUGGGGAAGUGAAAGGUGAAGCCAAGAACAGUAUUACUGAUUCCCAAAUGGAUGAUGUUGAAGUUAUUUAUACAAUUGACAUCCAGAAAUAUAUUCCAUGCUAUCAGCUCUUUAGCUUUUAUAAUUCUUCUGGUGAACUAAAUGAGCAAGCACUGAAGAAAAUAUUAUCAAGUGUCAAAAAGGCUGUGGUUGGUUGGUACAAAUUCCGACGUCAUUCAGACCAGAUCAUGACAUUUAGAGAGAGACUGCUUCAUAAAAACUUACAGAAGCAUCUUUCAAGCCGGGAACUGGUUUUUCUGCUGUUAACACCAAGUAUAAUAACAGAAAGCUGCUCUACUCAUCGGCUGGAGCAUGCCUUAUAUAAACCUCAGAAGGGACUUUUUCACAGGAUACCAUUAGUGGUGGCCAAUCUGGGCAUGUCUGAACAACUGGGUUAUAAAACUGUAUCAGGUUCCUGUGAGUCCACUGGUUUUAGCCGAGCAAUAAAAACACACAGCUCUGAAUUUUUUAAAGAAGAUGGAUCUUUAAAGGAGGUACAUAAAAUAAAUGAAAUGUAUGCUUCUUUACAAGAGGAAUUAAAGAGUAUAUGCAAAAAAGUAGAACACAGUGAGCGAGCAGUAGAGAAACUACUAAAGGAUGUACACAGAUUGAAAUGGGAAAUUAAAAAAAGAAAACAGGCACAAAUUCAAGUAGCACGGGAGACCGUCGAAAAAGACCCUCAGGAGAACAUUUUUCUUUGCGAAGCUUUACGGACCUUUUUUCCAGAUUGCGAAUUUCUUCAUUCAUGUGUUAUCUCUUUGAAAAAUAGGCAUAUUUCUAAAAAUAGCUGUACUGCCAACCACCAUCUUGAUGUGAUAGACAACCUGACCUUAAUGGUAGAAUACACCGACAUUCCUGAAGCUAGUCCAGCUAGCAGUACACCGCAGAUGAUUAAACAUAAAGCUUUAGAUACUGAUGAUGGAUGGCAAUUCAAGAAGUCACGGCUGUUAGAGACACAAAACAAACCAUCUAAAACAGAUACUGAUAGUAGUAAUCAAGAAAAAGCAUAUACAUUGAGCAGCCCUGAAAUAGAUGAAGAGAUUGAAAAAAUGAAGGGUUCUGGUGAACAUCCACAGUCUCCUACAUUUUGAUCUUAGGCCAAAAGGAGAGCUUUGAUUGGCUGAAGGGUAAAGCCAGACAUUUAUAUUGUCUUUACUAUGUUCAACAAUUUGCAGUAAUACAUAAGUUCUAGUGCAUUUAUUUUUUAAAGCACUUUAUUUUAAAACCAUAACGUUUUUCUGCCCCCCACCUUUUGAAAGAUUUUAUUUUUAACUAAUCUCCUACACCCAGCAAGGAGCUUGAACUCACAACCCCAAGAUCAGGAGUCACACACUCCACUGACCAAGCCAGCCAGGUGCCCCUUUUACAAAACUGUUGAGGGAAAGGCUUAAUUUAAGUAGAUGGUUCUUUUAAACUUAUAUAGCAUACUUUAGAAUUGGAAAAGAAAGACUAGCAUUAGAACACAAUAGAAGAAGAUGUCUAAAAAUAUGAAGAGGUAUUUCAUUUUUAUUUAAGUCAUUACAGUUUCUACUCCUUAAGUUAUAAGUGGCUAGGGUUGCCAGAUAAAAUGCUGGAAACCUGCAAUAUUAGGGACAUUCAUUAAAAAAUUAUUCAUUGGUUAUCUGAAAUUCAAAUUUAAUUGCAUGUCCUAUAUUUUUAUUUGCUAAAUCUGGCAGUUCUGAUUAUGGCACAACUAAAAUACAGCACAAAUAAUCUCUUCCUAGUCUAGAGUCCUCUACACAAAAUUGAGUGAAUCCAGUAUUUGAGUACAGGACAAGUCUGGUAAUGGUGUGUCUGAGGUCAGUAGCUGGUCAAGUAGCUAAAAACACCAGUUAAAGUGGGAACCAAAAAUGGUGCAUAUGUGUAUAUAUAUUUGUAUAUACAUGUCUAUCGCAGAUUUCAUUUUAACAUAAAGUGGAGUUGUACAUUCAUUUUGUCAACCUUUUGUUGGACAAAAGGUAGGAACUUUUCUGUGAGUAUACUGGUGUUCCUAUAUAAGUCACAUCCAUUACUUAACUUUUAUAAUUCCCAGCUUUAGUUUCUUUAUAAAGAAUUUAAAGAAGCUUGCAAAGCAACGUAAGUACAAAAUGCUACUACUUUUUUUUUCCAUUUCACAGCAUCCUCCUACUUCCGCCCUUCUUUAGUUGUCCUAACCACACCUAACUUGACAACUUUUUUUUUUUUAAUGUUUUAUUUUUGAGAGAGAAAGAGUGCGCGCACACGAGCAGAGGAGGGGCAGAGAGAGGAAACACAGAAUCUCUGAAGCAGGCUCCAGGCUCUGAGUUGUCAGCACAGAGCCUGAUGUGGGUCUUGAAUUCAUGAUCUACGAGAUCAUGACCUGAGCCGAAGUGGGACACUUAACUGACUGCACCACCCAGGCACCCUGACAACUAUUUUCUUAAAGCUAGUUAUCUUUAUAAGUCUUUGGAAAGCAUUUACUUAGUUUUCAUUGCAGUAACUUUUUAAUGCUCCUACUUCAUCAAUACAGUGACGAAACUGACACAGACUUGGGGAACAAAAUAGCUGACUCUUGGCAAUGUAGAACUCAACAGGUUUGAAGAAUUAUGGGCUUCAGUUUGAUAUUUGAGGAUGUAAAGCUCCAGUUUAAUCCAGUGAGCUGGUUAAAUGGAAGUUGCCUAAGAGAGCUUUUACUGUGUGUUUUAUUUCUUUUACAUAAUUGUGAGAAAUUUCCACAAGGCCUACACAUUAUAUGAAGCCUUCAUGUUUCACUCACUGGAUGAAAUGCUGAACACAAACUUUGAGCAUAGCUUUUCCAUCUGCUACUUCCUAGUGGCAGAACAAAUUCCUAGCUACUAUCAAAAUUAUCUUUUACCUAUGUUAACAUGUAUUAGUUACCCACAGGGUGCUAAUGAAGCCCACAUAACAACUGAGAUGUUUUGUAUAAAGAGUUUCUGUUGGGGCUGUUUAACUGGUUACCUAAGAAGCACUGUGGUGUAACAACACAGGGCAGAGGGAGGGGAAGUAGGUUGGCAGUCUGAAACCUGACUUAAAAAUAACCACAAAUGGGACAGGUGGGCAGCUGGGUGGCUCAGUCAGUUGAGUUUUGGCUCAGGUCACGAUCCCAGGUUUGUGGGACCGAGCCCCGUGUUGGGCUCUGCACUGAGCGUGGAGACUGCUUAAGAUUCGCUUUCCCUCUGCCCCUCCCCACCCCACUCACACACACUAAAAUUAAAAUAACCACAAACAUCACUAGAGCAUAUAGAGCAUCACAUAGAACAUAAUGACUAAAUGCAGCCAACAAAUGAUUUGCUGGAGGUCACUGAGCACACAUCACCUACUUUACCUGCAUGCUGGACUGAGACAAAGGUUUCUCACCCCCUCCCAUCCUUGGAAUGUACACUUUGCCUACUGUUACCACAUUAGGAGUGUUCCAAGGACAUGGACUUGAGAAAGCUGUUAAGACCAUAUGGAUUGUGUGUGACUAAACCCAGUUAAGACCUCAAUAUAAACUUUUAAGACUUGACAGGCAGGUGCAGAGAUCUGUUUUUCUGAGAUCUGUCUUGUGGUCACCCAAGACCAGCUUUGUAAGUAAGUUCUCUUGCUUAUUUACUACGCUGCUACUUACCAGUCUGGAGUCAUCUGCCUCUUCAUUGUUUUCCUGCCCUCCAUGUACCAGUCUACUAAUCAACAGAUAAAACAAGCUAGACUAGGACCAGCAGAAGCAAUAAGCAACCAACAUAUGCAAAUGUCUUAAGACAGUAACUAAAGAUUUUUCAGACUCCUUAAAAGAAACAGGCCUUCAUACAAAGUUCAGUUUCCUAAAGCACUAUAGAGAGGUAAUGUAUUUAGUUCAUACUUUGGCACAAUGAUCCAUCUUGAAGAAAGAAAUGCUAAACUUCCAGUCAUAGAGAAGUAUGCUAAGGUCAGUACCAGCUGAAUUCCCAUAAUUAAGUUUGAUGACCCACCUUUUGGUAUUAAAUGAAAAGAAGGAAAAGGGUCUUUCUAUAUCAUUUUCCCCCAGUUACUCUCAUCUUUUGGCAAUUAGUUACUAGAACAUUUGUUUAUGGAUCAUUUUAAAUUACGCUACCGGGACACCUGGGUGGCUCAGUUGGUUAAGUGUCCGACUUUGGCCCAGGUCAUGAUCUCACCAUCCAUGAGUUUGGGUCUCGUGUCGGGCUCUGUGCUAACAACCCUGAGCCUGGAGCCUGCUUUGGAUUCAGUGUCUUCCUCUCUCUCUCUGCCCCUCCCCCAUCCAUGCUCUGUCUCUUAUCUCUCAAAAGUAAGUAAAUGUUUAAAAAAAAAAAAAAAUCAAA